AUGUCAGAAAUGCUUGAAUUAGCUUUUAUUACUCAUAGUUGUGAAUUCAAGAGAACUUUAAGCUCUCAAAAUAGGGUGUUUUUAACUUCAUCUACAGUGACAAUAACACAUGAAUUUAAUUUGUCACUAGGCUGUAAUAAAUUCUUUUUGCUGCACGUGAUACCUUCUAAAAGUACUUCCGAGUAUCUUUGUCCACAUUCAAGUCGCAAAAGUUUGCUAGGAUUAUUCUUGCAGUACGAUGCUUUAAGUGAGGAUAGUAAAAUACGCGUUAAAGCGGCAUUCAAUUUUUUUCUCUUACAUUGCAAUACGAAACAAUCUUUAAGUGCCGAUAUAAAAGAUUUCUACAUUGCUUAUUUACAAGGCAUCAUGAUUCACUUGAGUGAAUGCUACAUCGCUAUAAGUGUAAAGAAGUUCAAAAAUUUAAAAGCAAUCAAAAGUACCCAAUUUGAGUCUCGGGAAAAACUGGGCUGCAAAAUGAAAUUAAAUGCAAAAAGAACCUCAUUUUGGUGUUUUAGUAUCUUUGGUGUUGAAUAA